GAGAAGUAGUCGAUUUCAGAACAACAGGCGUCCCUUCUGGUAGUGAGACAAAGCUUGAAGAUUGAAGAAAAAUGGAGUGUCGCUGUCUGUGGGUCUUUGUGUUGCAACUGUGCAUUUUGUUCUCGCUUUGUCGAGCAGACAGCCUGGCAAUAAGGGACUCGAUAUCGGAGGCUGUUCAAGUAUACAGUCGAUGUAACGAUGCCAACUGCAGUUGCCAUCUUGGGGUCUUGCAACAAGACUUGAGUCCCUUUCGCGGAGGAAUUUCGGAGGAUGUUAUGGCUUCGACGGUUAAAAGAGGGGUGGGCACACACUACCAGAUCAUUGGACAUAGAUUGUACAGGGAGCGUAACUGCAUGUUCCCAGCCAGGUGCAGUGGGGUUGAGCAUUUCAUAUUACAGGUGAUUGACAAAUUACCUGACUUGGAGAUGGUGGUAAAUGUCAGGGAUUAUCCUCAAGUGCCCAACUGGGUGCAGCCACCCUUGCCCGUUUUCUCCUUCAGUAAGACUUCAGACUACCAGGACAUCAUGUACCCAGCAUGGACGUUUUGGGAGGGGGGUCCUGCCGUGUGGCCCAUAUAUCCCACCGGACUCGGAAGGUGGGAUCUAAUGAGGCACGAUCUCAAAAAGUCUGCAGCUCAAUGGCCAUGGCAAAAGAAAGAGUCCAAAGUAUUCUUCAGAGGGUCACGAACAAGUCCAGAGCGGGACCCUCUGAUCCUCCUUUCCCGAGACAUGCCAGAGCUGGUGGAUGCAGAAUACACAAAGAACCAGGCCUGGAAGUCUGACAAGGACACUCUUGGGAGACCACCAGCCAAAGAAAUCCCACUGGUUGACCACUGCCAGUAUAAAUAUUUGUUCAACUUCCGAGGAGUGGCGGCCAGCUUUCGCUUCAAACAUCUCUUUCUUUGCGGUUCACUGGUGUUCCACGUCGGGGAUGAAUGGCAAGAGUUUUUCUACCCGCAGCUCAAGCCCUGGGUUCACUACAUUCCGGUGAAGCAGGAUCUCUCUGAUGUCAGAGAACUACUGGAGUUCGUCAAAGACAAUGAUGCCAUCGCAGAAGAAAUUGCCAUGAGAGGUAUGGAGUUCAUCUUGGAACACCUGCAAAUGCAAGAUGUUUCCUGCUACUGGGAGCGACUCCUCACAGAGUUUAGUCGGCUUCUCUCCUACCGACCCAAAAGACUGAACAACUACAGUCAGAUCGUGCAGAAGCCCGGCAAGACUGAACUGUGAUGACGGCCGUCCAGGUUGGGGUGAACGGAAAACAGAAUGUAAACUUGGAAAAUUGCUCAGAAGAUUUUCACGCAGUCAUUUUUUUAUCCAAAGUCAUCUUCUCAUUUCCACGGGGAGCCCCAGCUCACUGGAGGGAAACAUAAAGUUGAAUAUGUUGUAGUAUUCGUGUUGUACUUUCUACAGUUUGUAUUUUGUGAGCAAAUGUGUUCAAGAUGAGCCACAGGUAUGUUUACGUGACCAAAAAUCUGUGAUGACGUGUGUGGUCUAAAUAUAGGACGGCCAAACUUUUCAACAGCGUUACUAGGUUUCUGCCAAUUUCUGCCAAUAAAACUGUGGUACCUGUUA